AUGUGUGUUGUAUUGGGUUUGUGAAUUGUGAAUUGUGAAUUGUGAAUUGUGAAUUGUGAAUUGUGAAGGUGAAUGGCGAAUCCAAGUCUCUUCUCAAUCCUCUGCAUAUUCUCGCUCUUCCUUGCACUCGUAAACGCCGAUUCGCAUUUCGAAGGCUUCGAAGCAGAAGAAGAUGAAAUCGAAGACCUCACAAUCGAUCCAGCGUCUCUCCGAUCACCGCCUCUCUCAAACCCUACGACUCUCGCCGAUCCCACGCCCAAACCUCCGCCCUCCCAUCUCCCCAGCCCACAUCCGCCCACCACCUUCGAUUUCUGGGACGACGACGAAUUCGAAGGCGUCCCCGCCGACCACCCUCCCGCCGAUCCCAAACCCGAAAACGCCACCGCCGCCCCAACCCCUCCCCCCGCCGCCGCCACACCCCCCGCCCCCCGCUCCUUCACCGUCGAGAUCCUCUGCGGCGCCUUCCUCGUCAUGUUCGCCGUCAACUACUUCACCGGCAAGCGCGAGAACGAGAACAUCGCGCUCUCCUGGGCGGCGCAGUUCGCCGCCAAGGACUCGAUCUUCGAGAAGAAUUUCAGCCUCCUCGGGAUCGGCGACGGCGGCGACGACGCGCCGCUGCUUCUGAAGGAGGGGCAGACGACGUUCAAGUUCUACGCGAGCGGGAGGAGGUUCUGCCAGGGGUUGCUGGCGACGCUGGAGCUGAAGAGCAGGCACGAUCUCAUUGCGAGGAUCUACAACAUGAUCGUGCCUUGCAGGGACGAGAUCUCUUUCGAGGUUUUCAUGAACGACGACGCCAUGGAUCAUGUCGUUUUCGCCUUGGCUAAGAAGAAGGCCGCUAAAGCUAUGCACAAGGAUGUUAGGGAUUUGCAGAGGUUUGCCAACGUUCUUUCUCCUCCCACUGGCAGGAAGUGGGUUGUUGAUGACCUCGCUGUUAUUUCUGAGUCUAAGGAGGUUGCUGCUGAUUUCGUCACCGAUGCUGUCAUUGAUCAGGUUUUUGGUGAGAAAGCUUUUGAGAAAUUUGGAAAAGGUUUAAUUUCAUUGCAUUUCUCCGACCAGCACCCUGGUGUACACAAGAAGGUAUUGUUGUUCAAGUUUGUGCUUCCAGCUGCUAAGAACAUGGCUGAUAUGUCUCGACUGGUGGCUCUUGUUCCAUAUUAUAUUGAUUUGAUCGGAAGAUAUAAAUUAAGUUCUCAGGCUCGGUCUAAGACAGAGGCUGCACGACAAAAGGCUGCUCAAGAGGCACAGAAAGAACUUCGAAAUGCCCAACAAGAGGCGAUGCAAAGAAGAAAGGCAGAGAGGAAGAAGAUGAUGGAGGAGGCUGAGGCAAAGCUGAGUGCAGAGGCUAUUAGAAAGAAAGAAGCAAAAGAGCGUGCUCGUCAAAUGAAGAAGGCAAUGCCAAGAAUGAAAAUGGCCCGUGGUGCCUAAUUCGUGAUGGCCAAUAUAGCAGCAUACGUUGAAUCCCUGCCUUGCCUUGCCUUGCCUUUUGUAGAAUUUACGGCAAUGUACUCUUUUUUAGUAGCUAGAUAGGCGUCACCACGUCGUAGGUGGAUUUUGAAUGUACCAAAAUUUCCAUUUAUUUAUGAGCUCAUCAUAACAAGUUCAGUCUAUUUUUCCUAGUUUCCAGCUGACAAUGUUGUAUUCCCAUUUUCCUUUCUGUCAACAUGCUCAACAUGCAUGCUGUCACAAAUGUCGAAUGAACUGCUGCGUUUUGUUUUAUUUCAAACUAACUAAAGUAGUUUGAUGAAAAAUGAAAAUGUUUUUGAUUUUUUA